UUGCAGCUGUACGCUACAUGAUCAGUGAUGAUCCGUUAUGUGUAGUUGUAUGUGCCCAAAGGUAAAAGAAGUGAAUUCCAGUGAGUGUGAAAAUAUGGCGGGGAGAAAGAAAAUGUCAGAAGAAUUUGAAGCCAAUACUAUGGAUUCUCCGGUAGAUAUGCCACUUGCUACUAUAGAUAUUAAAGAUGAUUGUGGAAUCACUGAUGUACCUCAAGUAAAUUUGGAAAGAAGUGAAGAAAAUGAAUAUAAAGAUCAAAUAAAGAAGAAGAAAAAAAAGUACAAAGACUAUCAACCAAACUAUUUCCUAUCCAUUCCAAUCACCAACAAAGAGGUUACAAAAGGAAUUAAGAUCCUGCAGAAUGCAGUAAUACAACAAGAUAAGCGCCUGGCCAAGGCAAUGACCGGUGAUGGUUCCUUUCAUAUUACCCUGUUGGUGAUGAAGUUAAAUGACGAUGAAGUAAACAUUGGUAUUGAUGCUCUUUUGGAAUUAAAACCAUUCAUAGAAGAAAUCCUUCAAGGAAAACACUUGAUUUUGCCCUUUGAAGGGGUUGACACGUUUAGAAAUCAGGUUGGAUUUGUGAAGCUGGCAGAAGGAGAUCACAUGAACCCACUUUUGGAAAUUGCAGAGGCUGCAAAAAGGACAUUUCAAGAAAAAGGCAUCUUGGCAGGAGAAAGCAGAAGUUUUAAGCCUCAUUUGACCUUCAUGAAAUUGUCCCAAGUACCAUGGCUCCGGAAGGUGGGAGUGAAAGAAAUAGACCCCAAAUUCUAUGAAAAAUUUAUCAGUCACAGAUUUGGAGAAGAAAUGCUACACCGCAUUGAUCUUUGCUCCAUGCUGAAGAAAAAGCAAAGUAAUGGUUAUUAUCACUGUGAAUCUUCCAUUGUGAUUGGCGAGUCCUCCACAGUCCUGCAGAGCUACAAAAGGGAUGUGCCCAGCUGGCCAAGUGGCAAGAGACCUAUUGGAAUCCGAGACUUAAUUAAUGAAGCUUUGCAGAGAGAAAGGAUGGUUCUGAAGUCCAAAGUGAAACAGAUAAAAGAACUUUUAUUCCAGCCUGAGACUCAGGCCAAAAUUAGAAGGGAGCUUUUUGAAGGAAGAUCCAUUAACAACAAUAAUCAAGAAAACGAUGUUGAUUUCAGUGCAACUUUAACAUGAGCUCUACAUUACUAUCAUGGUACCAUAGUUUAUGAAGCCCUUUCAGCUGACUAAAUGGCUCUUUGGUAAAUACCAAAGAAGUGUUCUGAUAGUGUCUUUACUAUGCACACCAACAUUUGGUAAGGAAUUAACAACUUCUUGCCAAAGAAAACCGAUUCUGCCCUGUUAUUUUUAUUUUUAAAGCUACACUUGUGUUUGGUAUUGUUUGUUUCUAUAAUAUCAAGAGUUAUUUUAUUAAAAGGACUUUCUUAAUUAGCUGUUGUAAAAUGUUCUUGGGGUCUUCACGGAUAAAAUAUGCAGACUGUGAAAAAUCAUUUAUAGAAAAAAAAAGACAAUAUUUUAAGGGUCACUUGCUUCCUGUUGACAUAAAUUUUGUUGUAGUAGUAAAUCAAAAGAAGUACUGUCCACAUGUGACUAUAUCUAGUGUUACUUUUAGUGGGAAUUUGAAUGUUUAUUGAAUACUGCCACUAGUACUUGAAUGAACAUUUACAAAUGUAAUAAUUGCAAUCACUGGUUAAGAACGUGUUAUAAUAUCCAUAUGCAUUAUUUUUCAAUGAUCAAAAUGUAGUAUGCCUUUUCAUUUCUUAAUGAAUAAAUGUUUGGGAUUUUUAUUUUCUACUUUUCUGAAGAUAAGCCCAGGUCUUACGUAUCCGUUAGAAUUUGAAUUUGUUUGCACUGAUUUAUUCUUAAAGAAAAUUCUUGAAAAAUUUCCCCUUGUAUGAUAAUCAUUGGUAACAGCUUUUUCUAUGGUCAUUGUAAAAUUGCUGCUACUAAGAGAACAUGAUGGAGGGGGAAAUCAUUGGAGAUCAAAUAUGUAAUCAUUUCAAAUAUAAAAUCCAGUUGACUCCUGGAUUUUAGCUAUUUUUUCACUGGGUAAAUUAUACUACAUUUAUUUAUAAAUGAGUUUUUGCAUUUUCAUGCUUCUUAAUAAAUGUAUUGUUUUCCCUUGUU